AUGGCCAGUGCUGGACGCAAACGAAAUCCAUCUUCGGUGAUUGACUUGUUGGACAGUGAUGAUGAUGAUGAUGACAGUGUAGUGGAAGUUGUGGCUGUGACCAAAAAACCACGAAGAGACUCCUCUUCAAAUAACAAUGACGACAACCAAAACAGCAAGAAGAAGAAACCGGCGAAACUCAAAGAUUACAAUGACGACAACAACAAACAAGACACGUCAUCAUCUGCCGUGAAACCAGCUAGUAAAGCAUCCUCGAAAUUUGAUGGACCGACAAAACUCUCCUUCAAUGUCGCUACUUACAAUGUAUGGUUCGGUCCUCCCAGUCAACCGCAACGCAUGCGAGCUUUGGCACAAGAACUCUUUGCCCGAAAUACAUCGCAGCAUCCACUUUGGUUCAUUGGAUUCCAAGAAGUCACACUCGCGCUAUGGGCAACUCUCAAACCAUUGCUAGAGGCACAAGGAUAUCGGGUCUUUGUCCAGGAUUUGGGUGGCAUGGAUGACGCCUAUGGAGUGGCAUUGGCGGUCUUGCAGAAGGAGGAUCCUUUUGGAGGAAAACUACGCAUCAUUUCGGGGGGAUGGCAACCCUACCAAAACUCCAUCAUGCAGCGUGGAUUUCUGCACUGUCGUUGUCAAAUGCCACAUUCCAAUCAGCAAAUUCUCUUUACGACGACUCACUUGGAAUCAUUCCUCGUGGGGGGACUCAAUGGCAGACCCUUUGAUGGAGCGGCACAACGAAAGGAACAAAUCAUUCAGUUGGAACGCUUCUGUAUCAAUCAUCAGAACCGAUUCCCGGAUCUCUCCGUGGCAAUCAUCACGGGGGAUUUGAAUUGGGAUGAUGAGCGAGUGCAAGCUACCAAAAAUCCUGGCAAUGAUCCGAAAUUGUUGUCUGUCCUCCAAAAGUCAGACUGGAAGGAUUCCUGGUUUGCAGUUAGGGACAAGCGACGACGAGCAGUAGCCGACAAAAAUGGAAAAGUCAAGAAAAAGGACGAACCGCAGUGCUACACGUACGAUUGCAAAGAAAGUGCCAUGAUGGGUGGAUAUCUUCGUCGACGCUUUGACAGAAUCUUGCUCCGUACGCAACAACAAAAGGGGGAUGCCACCGUGAACGUUCGCGAACGAGGAAUUGAAUUGAUUGGAAAAGAGCCUAUCGAAGGGUUGCAGUGGCGGAAAGAAAACCAAUUCAAUGGAAACAUAAAGGUCGUCCCUGUGCUACCAAGCGAUCACUUUGGCUAUGUGGCAACCUACGAAGCGACUAUUGACUAA